GUAUUUUAAGUGUAAAGUGUAGAAGUGGAGCAAAUUUUAGUUAAACACUCGGAAGAAUCGAAGAAUCACUGCGAAAAUAAUUGUUAAACUUUCUCUUGUUUAACGAAAUUACGAAAUUACACGCCAAAUUUCGCUUAAAAUUAUAGUCGAAAAGUCGCUUGCUAUGUUUGUAUGAGUGAAUUAGUCAGAGCAGAGCGAGCAGUCGUCAUUUGGUAUUCUAACAAAAAAUAGAAGACUAGCGUUGCGUUCGUCAUACAAACAAAUUGUGCUAUUGUUUCCUUUUUGUGGGCGUCUAAGAUAUUGAACUACUUCGAUCUGGUUCGUAGUGUAGCAAACGCCACCGAGUUUCUUUGUUUAGUUGUAUACGACGAAAACGUACAAUAUAUGCAAAUAUUUGGGAAAACAUGAACUCACAAACGAGUAUAAAUGGUGACCCCGAAACGGCACCCAUUGCUGCCCCGCGAGGUAGGCCAUCUUCCAUGAUGCGCUCCUUUGGUACUCUGUUUGGAUCCAAUAAUGGUGAAGCAGAGAGAAGACCCAGUAUGCAGAAUGCAGGCGAACAUGGCUAUGUGGAAUUCGGAAUGCAAGAUCCUGAUCGCAGCGGUCGAACUUUGGGUACUUUUGCUGGAGUUUUCAGCCCUGUUGCUCUCUCCAUGUUUAGUGCCCUGGUCUUCAUUCGUGUUGGUUUCAUUGUUGGCAAUGCUGGAUUAUACGUGACACUUUUACAAUUUGUAAUUGCAUAUGUGAUAUUGCUAUUCACUGUAGCUUCUGUUUGUGCAAUUUCUACCAACGGUGCAAUUGAAGGAGGAGGGGUUUAUUUCAUGAUUAGCCGUACUUUGGGCCUUGAGUUUGGCGGUUCCAUUGGCACACUAUUUUUUCUAGCAAAUGUUGUUGGUUGUGCUAUGGCCAUAUCGGGUUGUGUUGAGGGCAUUAUGAAUAACUUUGGUCCCGGUGGUUAUUUUGCUGGAGAAGAAGGCUUUCUUCCUAAUGGACCAUGGUGGAGCUUUCUAUUUUGCACAGUGAUCAAUACAUCAAUGUUACUUGUGUGCCUUAUAGGAGCUUCCCUGUUUGCAAAGACCUCUGUACUAAUUUUGGGUAUAGUCACCGUUUGUUUAUUUGCCACCUACAUAAGCUUUCUUGUGGAAGGGCCUAAAGAGGUACAAGUUCCCGAUGACAACCAUCUUCUACCUGCUAAUACUACAUUGUGGUAUACGGGUCUAAAUGCUACAACGUUAGCAAACAAUUUGGGCGAAAGUUAUUCUGAGGAUUAUACAUCAAAAGGAAAAAUGGUGGAUUUCGCUACAACUUUUGGUGUCUUGUUUGCAGGCGUUACUGGCAUUAUGGCCGGCGCCAACAUGUCGGGUGAAUUGAAAAGCCCUUCAAAGAGUAUACCAUUAGGAACACUUUCAGCGGUAGCCUUUACAUUUGUGUCCUAUGUCAUUCUCUCGUUUCUCAUGGCCUUUACGACGCCACAUCAAACAAUGCAAAGUAAUUACUUGUUCCUGUUGUAUGUUAACUUUUGGCCACCAUUCACCGCUAUUGGCAUAUUGACGGCCACAUUUUCAACUGGGCUGAGUAAUCUUAUUGGAUCCAGUCGUAUCUUGGAGGCGUUGUCAAAGGAUCAAGUCUUUGGGUCAUUAUUGAAUUUUAUCCUCAAGGGAACAUGGAAGGGCAAUCCGAUUGCUGCCGUGGUAUCCAGUUGGGUUUUGGUCGAAUGCAUAUUAUUGAUUGGAUCCCUGAAUACGAUUGCCCAAAUUAACUCUGUAUUGUUUAUGUUGUCAUAUUUGGCAACUAAUUUAGCCUGUCUGGGUAUUGAAUUGACUGGUGCUCCCAACUUUAGACCGCUGUUUAAAUAUUUCACUUGGCAUACAUGUUUGUUUGGUUUGAUAGGUACAUUGGUUAUGAUGUUUGUUAUCAAUCCAAUAUACGCCUCGUCAAGUAUUAUAUUGUGUCUUUUGCUGGUCAUUGCAUUGCAUUUGUUCUCACCCGCCACGCAAUCUGCCCAAUGGGGCUCUAUCUCGCAAGCUUUGAUGUUCCAUCAGGUUCGUAAGUAUCUUCUCAUGUUGGAUCCACGCAAGGACCAUGUUAAAUUCUGGCGUCCACAAAUGCUGUUGCUUGUCUCUUCGCCACGUUCCUGUUGUCCUUUGGUGGACUUUGUUAAUGAUAUGAAAAAGAGUGGCCUUUACAUUAUAGGACAUGUUCGCGUUGGAAGCCAUACGGAUCUGGAUGAUGCCACAGUUGAGGAUAAUAAGCAAUGGUUAUCGUUUGUAGAUCACAUGCGUGUCAAGGCCUUUGCCGAAACCACUUUGGCCAAGUCUGUACGUGAAGGUGUACAACAUUUGAUUCGUUUAUCCGGUAUUGGAGCCAUGAAGCCAAACACCAUCGUUCUGGGUUUCUAUGACAACGAAGCUCCUAAAGAUUUCUUCCAAACUUCCACAUCUCCGUAUAAGACAGAUGGCUUUAAUACUGGUGACAUGCAGAAUUUCCCUAUACGCCAUGAUGGCGAAGAAAAACAUAUAGAUGUAACUGAAUAUGUUGAAAUUAUUAGCGAUAUUUUGAGAAUGAAGAAGAAUUUGUGUCUGUGUCGACAUUUCCACCGCUUAGAUAAGCAUUUCAUUGCCAAGAGCAAACAUGUGAAAUAUAUUGAUGUGUGGCCAAUAAAUGUUUUCGAUCCCAAAACGGAAAAUCCCUUUGAUGUGGUGUCACUCUUUAUGAUGCAAUUGGCUGUUAUAAUGUUGGCCAAAUGGAAACACCUUACUCUGCGUGUAUUCCUCUGUGAAACGACCAACUCCAAUACAACUGCACAAUUUGAUACACUUGAUCCAAAUUUGCCACAAAUGGAAAUAUUUGCCCGCAUGAAAUUAGAACAAACUCUUAAAUCAUUGAGAAUAAAUGCACAAAUAAUGGAGAUUCAAGAAUGGGCCCGGGAUACAGAAUUCACUCGUCAUUCUCGAAUUUUGAAACAAUUUACCCAAUCUGCAGAGGUCUCAAACGAAAUUGUGUCCGAAGAAAAUCUUAAUCGUUCAUUGUUGUAUAUGCAAAGAGUUAAUCAAAUAAUACGUGAGCGUUCGGAUCAAACCGCUCUCUCCUUUAUAUAUCUGGCCGCUCCCCCAAAAAUAGAUUCAGCCGAUUUUAAUGAACGAAGUGUACGCUAUAUGGAACUACUAACGGAACUAACCGCCGAAUUGCCGCCAACUAUUCUAGUACAUGGUGUUAGUACUGUUACAUCCACAACUCUGUAGAGUGCUACACAUGAUAUACUCGAGCAGCCACAGAAUGACAUACACAAUUGAUUGUGUGUAAAAUGCAAAAAUAUUUUUCCUAAAUGUAUUCGCUGAAGCAAACAAAUAUGAAAUGAACUAUUUUUCAAAAUGUAAUCGGUAUUAAAGAAAAUCAGCAUUUUAUUGUGAAGUUGUACAUUUAAUGAUUUUCACAUGUCUCUUCUUUUGUUUUUAGUAAAUUCAUUUCUUACACUUAAGUAGAAUAUUUUAUUUUUGAUAUUUUAAUUUUAAUCUGUUAAUCAAUCAACAUAUAUCAUAUAUUUAUAUACAAUACAUAUUGCCGUAGUAUCAAUCAUAUCACGAAUAUAAAUAGUACCAAUCCCCCCUUAACUUAAUUCACUUAUAUCUAUACUCAAAAAGUCGAAAAAAAAAAUGUUUCAAACUUUUUUUUAUUGAAUAGUUAUUUAGAAAAAAAACAAUAACCUCAAUGAUCUUGUUUUGGAACUGUGUUUCAAAUAAAUAAACAAUAAGCAUGUUCAUUCGCAACUGUCAAUAGAGUUUUUCUCCUUAAAGUUAUUUUUAUUAUGUAAGAAAACCCAGAUAUUUGUUUAUACUUACAUCACUCUUUAUUUCAAAUGUUUUGUUUUUGCAAGCACUUGUGAUUCUUUUUAACUUAGAAAUAUUAUCGAGUUUUUUUUUUUGUUUUAUUAAGUAUAUUAUGUGAUGUUUAACAACAAAUCUUAAUAUUGAAAUUGUAAAGAAUUCAGCAAACAUCUUUCAAUAAUUGUGAUUUGUAAUAUUAAAACUUAUUUAAUAAAUGUUUGCAAGUCUUUCCAUUUAACAUGUAGAUCACAUCGAACUUGUAAAUAAAUGGCGGGAUAAACUUUAUGUACCCACUACUAA